AUGUCACUAUGGAACGUCCACUCGGAGCCGAAUCACCUUCCUCCCUCCGAUGUGCGUCCGGGCCACUUCUACACAAUAAAUCGCACCACCGAUUUGGGUGAGACCGUUGGACGUUUUUACAACGUCUGGACUGGCGGAGGCGAGGCGAAUCUGCGACCUGCCAAGACCUCUUCUUCUUUACACACACCCUCCUCAAAGUCACAAACCACCUCACCCACCGCGAGUUCAAAGCUCUUCUUCUCACUGCCCUAUCGCGACUUGGAGGGCAGAGGCUUGGUCAUGAGUAUCAGCCAGGCGUUCUACGAUGAGGCAAGGCUCAUUCGGGACAAACCACGUUUAGUUCGCUCCACAAUUUACCUUCGAAACACCCUUGCUAGGCCCCACAAUCCACUGCUUGAUCCAAAUAAGUCAUCGAUAGAGUAA